AUGCCGAGCCAAGACUUAGAGUAUGUAAAGAACAUCUCGUUAUUCGAGGGCCAUGCCGAAAAUCCUAACGAGGACCUCCAGCACAUUCCCCCGCAGUGGGUCUCCCUGGUUGCUGGCGGAGUCGCAGGAGCCGUUGAAGCGGCCGUCACGUACCCAUUCGAGUAUUCGAAAACCCGGGUCCAAUUAUUCUCGACCAACUCAUUGAAUACUUCGACAAAUCCACUACGACUUAUCUUUCAGGGAACGGCUGGCAAGGCUGCUGUGCGAUUUUUAUCGUAUGAUACUAUUCGUAAAUCCUUCUCGGAUGAACAUGGCAGACUGUCCGCUGGACGGGGCAUCUUGGCUGGAAUGGCCGCUGGCACAGUUGAAAGCUUCUUAGCUGUCACGCCGACAGAAAGAAUCAAAACGGCAUUGAUUGAUGAUGCGAAGGCAACCCGUCAAUUCAGGUCAGGAUUCCAUGCCGUGACUGUCAUGGUCAGGGUUCACGGCGUAGGUGAAUUAUAUCGGGGUCUCGUUUCAACCACGGUAAAGCAGUCUGCAACUUCUGCAGUGCGCAUGGGGUCAUAUAAUAUUCUCAAAGAAAUGAGCAAAUCUCACGGGAUCCAGCAAAGUAUCUUCACAUCGUUUGGCAUGGGGGCAUUAGCUGGUGUCGUGACGGUCUAUGCCACUCAGCCCUUUGACACUUUAAAAACAAGAGCACAAAGUGUUCAAGGAGCAGGGCUCAUGGAGGCCGCGCAAAGUGUAAUGCAUGAAUACGGGGUCCGAGGUUUCUGGAAAGGCAGCUCGAUGCGCCUCGGUCGUCUGCUACUCAGUGGAGGAAUUGUCUUCUCGGUAUAUGAACAAGUUUCUUCGUUGCUCUCACUUACUACGCACUAG